AUGACUGUGCGAUGGAGCGUGUACCUGGACCUUCUCCGCGCCUAUGGCUACAAGUACGCCUGUGUCAGCGUCCUCUUUGUGCUGGGCUUCCACUUCGCCUACAACUUCUCCUACACAUGGCUGGCCCAGUGGAGCGAUGAUCAUGACCUUGCCAACUUCACGACCCUGCCCGCAGCCAGCGGGGGACGAUGGGACAGGAACUGGCACUAUAUCAAGAUCUACGCCGGUUUGGGAGUGGUUCAGACUGCCUGCUGCAUGACCUACUCCGCCAUCAUGCAAUACCGCCAUGUUGUGACGUCACGAGUCAUCCACGCCAACAUGCUCGACGCCCUCAUGAGAACACCAAUGAGUUUCUUUGACACAACACCCAUGGGCCGGAUCCUCAAUAGAUUCAGCCAGGAUCUAGACGUCCUGGACUCUGACCUGUUCCUGGAGUUGGAGGUGGUCAUCGAGCACGGCCUGUUUGCUGUGGGCAUCACCGUGGUCAUCUGCGUCACUUUCCCGCCUUUUGUGGGCGUCCUGGUUCCCCUCAUCAUCAUCUUCUACUUCAUUCAGCAAUUUUACAUCCGUUCAUCCUGUCAGUUGCAGCGCAUCGCCUCCAACAACCGCUCACCUGUCUUUGCUCACUUCAG